AUGGCUUUGAGUUUGCAACUUCAGGCUAUAUCACAAUCACGGGAAGUUCAAAUGCGUCAGCAGGGCAACGUGGCUUGCAAUCAAAAUCCACCUAGCCUUCCUACAAGCCAUCACGCCUAUGAAAAUUUGCAAAAUCAUCCUCAUGCUAACCGUACCCACAUAGCCAACCACCUCAAUGUACCACCUCAACAUCGUCCUUCAAAUACCAAUUCCCGCGUUUUGGAUUUACCUUGUGAGGAGAAUACUGGAAAUUACAAUUCACUGCCGCUCAAUCGACCUUACACACAAACUCGGGUGUCAAGUAGCCCUCAAAAUACACGAAGUUCACGUCCACAGGAUUUCACAUUCCAUCUGGCUCCUCCUGAUAUCACUCAUGAUGUCACCAAUCAAUCCCGGAACUCUCAGAUGCAUACUCAAACUCAAAUUACAGCUGAAAGUAUCCAGCAAAGACCGGCGCAACACAGUCACAGUAUUCCCCAUCUGCCCUGUGGCCACACUUCCACUUCAGCUUCUCAGACGCAAAACUCAUCCUCUCUACAACGGCCUGUGUGGAGUGGGGUCCAAUUCGAAUUCCGGCAAAAUCACGAGCCUUCUUUGGUUUUGCCUUUGGUCACUCCGGUACAGCCUCAAUUUUUCAACCCACGCCCUAAUGAUGGACCACCACAAACUGAACGCAAUGACGCCCAACAAACCCGAAACCAGCCUACACACUUGACAACAAUUUAUCAACCUCGUCAAUCGUCUAUUAUGCCCAUCUGUCCCGCUGAAAAUCAAACAAAUCAGCAAUCCAGUACUCGUCAAAGCGUCCAAUUCCAAAGAGGCAGCAGGAUCUCUCUUCAACAAGCCCCGCCGGCCUUGUCACCUGGUUUUUCAGAUGUUAAUAGAUCCAAUCAUCUACACCCAUCCGAAGAAUUUACAGAUCCACAUGAGAUCAACCAUGCUGCGGCUGAUGAUGAUGUACAGAAUGUAGGCGAUGACACUGAAGAAUCCGACGUUGAUGGUGUUUUUGAUCUUGCUGAAAAUCGCAAGUAUCAAGAGCUGGGAGCUUCACGCCGGGCUCAAAAGACAAUGGCAAGGUGUGAUGGCAUUCGCUUGGAGAAGCUUGCUAAACCGCCUGUAGAGUGCUCUCAACAUGAAAGACUCGCCAUCGCGAUCCAGCAUUACAACAAUUUGCUCCUAGGUAUUGUUCGGAAAGGUAAAGGCCGAAAAGGCAAUCGAUCGCUCCCCGAACCCCCUUCUGACGAUGAAUAUUCUGCAUGGGACAAACGGAAACUCGAGCGUCGACGCAUCGUUGAUAAGGCCGUUGAACAGGCUUGUUCUCUCUACCGCCGAAAACACCCACAUGUUCUCCCUGCUCAGCUUGCUAGAGUUGGAGAUCACGCCGCUGAGGACGCAAAUUCUUCAAUCCUCCCUGUCAAAUUCACUUCGCUAGUGGCCCUCAGGAAUUCAGGCGUUCAUUAUUCAACAACCGUGGCCUCGACUUGUGAAGGCGCAUUGGCCCUUGCUGGAUUUGCACGGUUCACCUACGACUGGACCGAUUCUAUCAAGUCAAAGUGGAAUGAAGCCAUCUCUUACAUAAUUCUCCAAGAGUGGGAGAAGUGCUACAAGAGAGGCGAUGCUGAUGAUUACGAUGUCGAUGCCAAACAGGUGACCGCCAAAAAUCUCCGACAGGUUCUUGAUAGGUGGUUCAACACCAAGGCUCGCGAGUUUUCAAGCCAAUGUCAGAAAUCUCCAGAGGAGAAGUCAAACCAAGCCAAAGAGCAGGAGGCUGCAAAAGAGAAAAAUCGCCAACGGCAAUUGCAAAAGCGGGUUUGUCAGCUUCGCCGACAUACUCUCAAGACGUUUUUCCCAGAACACCACACUCUGCAAGCAAUCUUGUCCGAGCGAACAGUUCAUUCUGAAGAUGAGGUUGACUCUGCUGGUCACUCAUACCGAAAACCAAAGCUUUGGAGGCAUCAGCAUCUCAAUGAAUUCCUCCAUGAGUUGGACGAGCUGCAUAUUGUCAUAAAAGCACAGGAGGGGGACCAGGCGUGCACUUCUGCUACUAAAGCUCUCCACCGUGGGCCUUAUGCCCCUUUAGAGGAUCCCGAUCUCCUUGCACGCCCUCCAAAAGGAUUUCCUAGAGAUUUACUCGACCAGCAAUUCAUGAAUCAAUAUGUCUCAAGAGUAGCCAUCUUCGGCCUUGAACUCUCCGCACACCAGUUUGAUCUAAGGCCCUUACUUGCCCAUGCUAGAUGGCUCCAGCUCGCAGAAGCCUCUUGA